AUGUUGGCGUUUCAGAUCACCUCCCAACCAAGCUGUGACCUUAGCACGCCCUUCGACGACACCGAUGAGUGGCUGGAUAGCAAGAACGAGCGCGCAUCCUUCCACUCAUUCGGGGAGCCGGCUGGAUUCCCCGAAGGGGUGCCUCGAGAGCCAAAUCGACGCUGCCACGAGCGCCACGUCCGCUCCUUGAACAAGUUCCGAGCUGCGGUAGAGCUGUGCCCAGAGACGUUCGUCAAGAUUGCACACUCGAAGCAGCGCAGGCUGCAGGACUUGCUGGAGCGCAAUGCCUUUGGACCCCUUCCGCAGGUUGCUGGCAAAUAA